UUCUCCCUCCUUCUCUCUCUCUCUAUCUCUUCUGCCCACCGCACUACCUUGGUCUGACAGCAGCAAGCGGAUCUGUGAUUAGAACAUGGGAUGCAUUCCGGUGCAUUCUGUGGUUUAGCCCCGGUCACCUGGGUCCACCCGCUCUCUGCACCACCAGCGUCUGCUCCCUCCCUCUGUCCGCCCCUCCGCCCCGCUGCGGCCAUGGCGCUCCGCUCCCCGACGCCGCGCCUCCUCCUCCUCCUGCUCCUGCUGCUCCCCCUGCCCUGCGCCCCGGAGUCCCAGCGCGAGGAGGAGGAGCGGGCCGUGUCCACGGCCCCCGGGACCUCAGGCAACGGCACGGCCGGGGGCCGGCGGCCCUGCGCCGGGAGCCCUUCCGGCUGCAAGCGUGGCGUGCUGCUGCCCGUGUGGGAGCCCAGCGGCCCCGGCCUGGGGGACAAGGUGGCCCGCGCCGUGGUCUACUUCGUCUGCCUCAUGUACACCUUCCUGGGCGUGUCCAUCGUCGCCGACCGCUUCAUGGCCUCCAUCGAGGUCAUCACCUCCCAGGAGAAGGAGGUGACCAUCACCCUGCCCAACGGAGACACGUCGGUUGCGACUGUGCGCAUUUGGAACGAGACAGUGUCCAACCUCACCCUGAUGGCCCUGGGAUCGUCCGCCCCCGAGAUCCUGCUGUCCGUCAUUGAGGUGUGUGGGCACAGCUUCGAGUCGGGCGAGCUGGGCCCGGGCACCAUCGUGGGCAGCGCCGCCUUCAACAUGUUCGUGAUCAUCGGCAUCUGCGUGUGGGUCAUCCCCGAGGGCGAGGUGCGGAAGAUCAAGCACCUGAGAGUCUUCUUCAUCACCGCCUUCUGGAGCAUCUUCGCUUACAUCUGGCUCUACCUCAUCCUGGCCGUCAUCACGCCCGGCGUCGUGGAGGUUUGGGAGGCCCUGGUCACCCUGCUGUACUUCCCUAUCUGCGUGAUCCUGGCCUGGAUCGCUGACCGCCGGCUGCUCUUCUACAAGUACAUGUACAAGCGCUACCGGGCCGACAAGCGGCGAGGCAUCGUCGUGGAGACGGAGGGCGAGAUGACGCCCAAGGGCGUGGAGAUGAUCAUGGACGGAAAGUUCCCGGGCGGGGCGGUGGGCGCCGAAAACUGCCAGGAGGGCAACGGCACGGCGGGGGCCGUAUCUGUCCCGGCGAACUCCAACAGCACCGCCGUCAACGUGGAGAACAGCAAAGAGCUGGACGAAAGCCGCAAGGAGGUGAUUCGCAUCCUGAAGGAGCUGAAGCAGAAGUACCCGGACAAGGACCUGGAGCAGCUGGUGGAGCUGGCCAACUACUACGCCCUGCUGCACCAGCAGAAGAGCCGGGCGUUCUACCGCAUCCAGGCCACGCGCAUGAUGAUCGGCGCGGGCAACGUGCUGAAGAAGCACGCGGCCGACCACGCCCGGCGGGCCGCCGCCGCGGAGGAGCUGCCGGAGGACGACGACCUGGGCGUGUGCAGCCGCAUCGUCUUCGAGACGGCGCACUGCCAGUGCAUGGAGAACUGCGGCACGCUCAGCCUGGCCGUGCUGUGCCAGGGCGGCGUCGGCGAGAGCACCUUCUACGUGGACUACCGCACCGAGGACGGCUCGGCCAACGCCGGCUCCGACUACGAGUACAGCGAGGGCACGCUGGUCUUCAAGCCCGGGGAGACCCGCAAGGAGAUCAAGGUGGGCAUCAUCGACGACGACAUCUUCGAGGAGGACGAGCACUUCUUCGUGCGGCUGCUGAACCUGCGCGUGGGGGACGCGGAGGGCAUGUUCGAGAGCGAGGGCGCGGGCGUGGCCCCCAAGGGCCGGCUGGUGGAGCCGCUGGUGGCCACGGUGACCAUCCUGGACGACGACCACGCGGGGAUCUUCACGUUCAGCGAGCGGCUGCUGCGUGUGAGCGAGAGCGUGGGCACCAUGGAGGUGACGGUGGUGCGGAACUCGGGCGCCCGCGGCACCGUCAUCCUGCCCUACCGCACCGAGGCCGGCAGCGCCCGCCCCGGAGGGGUCGACUACGAGGACACGCACGGGGAGCUGGAGUUCACCAACGACCAGACAACGCAGACCCUGACGGUGAAAAUCAUCGACGAUGAAGAGUAUGAGAAGCACGAGAACUUUUUCAUCGUCCUGGAGGAGCCCAGGUGGCUCAAGAGGGGCAUCUCAGCUCUGCUGCUCAACCAGGAGGACCCAGAGGGGCAGAUGAGUGUGGAGGAGGAGGAGGCCCGUCGUAUUGCGGAGAUGGGGAAGCCCAUUCUUGGGGAGCACAGUCGAAUGGAGGUGAUCAUCGAGGAGUCCUACGAGUUCAAGAGUACAGUGGACAAGCUCAUUAAGAAGACCAACCUGGCCCUCGUGAUUGGUACUCAUUCUUGGAGGGAGCAAUUCAUCGAGGCUGUGACUGUUAGUGCAGGCGACGGCGAUGAGGAGGAGGAGGAAGGUCGAGAGGAGCGCCUGCCCUCCUGCUUCGACUACGUCAUGCACUUCCUGACGGUGUUCUGGAAGGUGCUGUUCGCCUGCGUGCCGCCCACCGAGUACUGGAACGGCUGGGCCUGCUUCGUGGUGUCCAUCUCGGCCAUCGGCAUGCUGACCGCCAUCAUCGGCGACCUGGCCUCGCACUUCGGCUGCACCGUGGGGCUCCGCGACACGGUCACCGCCGUGGUCUUCGUGGCGCUGGGCACCUCCAUUCCGGAUACCUUUGCCAGUAAGGUGGCAGCCACGCAGGACCAGUACGCGGACGCCUCGGUGGGCAACGUGACGGGCAGCAACGCGGUCAACGUGUUCCUGGGCAUCGGGCUGGCCUGGUCGGUGGCCGCCAUCUACUGGCGGGUGCAGGGCAAGCAGUUCCGCGUGGACCCCGGCUCGCUGGCCUUCUCCGUCACGAUCUUCACCAUCUUCGCCUUCAUCUCCAUGGCCGUGCUGCUGUUCCGCAGACGGCCCUCCAUCGGGGGCGAGCUGGGGGGCCCGCGCGUGGCGCGCAUCCUCACCUCCCUCCUGCUGCUCGGCCUCUGGUUCCUCUACAUCCUCUUCUCCAGCCUGGAGGCCUACUGCCACAUACAGGGCUUUUAAAUGCACACGAAGGGUGGACACACACUCUCACGCGCACACACACACACAUGCUUACUGGAUAUACUUUGACUACCCUGUACAGAUGUAAAAUUUCUCCCACUCCACAUCGUGAAAGCUAUAGAUAUACAUGAACACGUCACACAUACACACACACACACACAUACACACACUCACACAUACACGCACACACACACAUACACACACUCACACACACACGCACAAAUAUACGGACACACACCGACCUGUGCGGAACAUUGACUAAAGAGUACAAGGACAGAGAGAGUAGCGGGGAGAGAUUCGUAACUGGGGUAAAGGAUGGGUUUCAGAAAAGAGAUGAGAGAAAGGAAAACAGAGAGGUAGAGAACAAAUGAAACAGCAUGUAGGGAGAGAACAGGAGAGCGAGGAUAUGACAAUGAGAGAGAGAGAGAAAAGAGUGAAGAGAGAGAGACGGAAUUCUGUUAAAAUAUGAACACGGUGGAACACCAUGGUGAACAUUUUUUGGGGGGAAGGGUCAGCCCCUUGAUGGACCCUCCUGCUGUCCCUGGUGCCCUGUUGGACCUCAUGGCACGAGAGACCCUGACGUUCCCCCUCGAUUCGUGUGUCUGCCUGAUGAGGGGACACAGCAGGGGUCAGGACCUCCCUGUCCCUUUUCCUUGUACAGUCAUUUCACACGAGGACGCCGGGUACGGACACCAUCGCUCAGAUGGACGUCAAGGCCAGGGUCUUUUCUUUGCCUGUUGUGCCAGUUGGAUCUCCUUGGCUUGAGUGGGGCUGCAUUUAGGCCACCAAACCCCCACAACUGCGGACGAGGAGGCACUGGACUCAGACAGGCCAGUCCCAUGUCAUCAGCAGCACAACUGGAAACGGACAGUUAAAUCCAUCUUCUGCACACUGUACACGUGGAACUGUGCAAUGGUGGAACAGUCAAAAUACCACGCGGACGUAAUAUACCUGUAUUUAUUAGAUUCCUAGGUUAUUACAAGCCUAAAGUUCUUUCCGAAAAUGUUGGUGAGGAGGGGUUUGUUUGGGUCACCUAGACUGGAGAUACUCCGCUGCUGAUCACAAGGGCCAAUAGCGCUGGGUUUCAGGUGCACUGAUGCACCAGCUUGUCUACCAUCAAACAAGAGGUGAAGAAAACCGCUGGGUCUUUUACAAUCUAGAUACUCCCCUUGUCUUGACAGGAGGACAGCCAACCCGGUGCCUUUAGCGACAGGAAGCUUUUUAUUUUCCUUUGAAAUAAAAUGGGCCUCGUGCUUGUCUGGUGUUUGUCAUUGUGGUGUCUGGAAGCAGAGGAAUGGAGUUUCCCCAAUGAUUAUAUACCCCAGAGGUUCACAGGAAGAGAUAGUUAGAUAUAUAGGCACAGCAUCUCCUGCAUUUCUCUGAUCUUGAGCUCUUUUUUGUGCUUGUGUAUCUUCUGCCUUUCUCCAUCUGUUGGAAACGCAUGAUGGACGCAAUGCAAAUUCAAUGCACCCAUUUAAUGGCGGCUUAACUGGUAUAGCAAACGGCAAGGCGUGCAUAGCCCGGAGCGGACAGGGUGUCUGAGUGCUUCAGUGUGUCCUUGCAGUUCCAGCUCGAGGUGGAACUUUCUGGAAUGGGGAGAUGAGUUUCCAUAAGCCCUAAACUGCAGACCAUUCAUAUAGUCAGUUGCACUCAGUCACUCCAUCCACCACCCUCCUGACCCUCUGGCUUACCCCUCCGUGUUGUAAAUGAAGGUAAUUACUUUAAAUGCCCCUUAGCUUUUGCUUUGGUUUCAGUAAAGUAAGCAAACACAUGAUAUACGGUAAAUGGUGAUUCUAUAUUUAAUUGCCAAGUUUUCCUUUGCAACUGUUCUGUAUGGUGGUAUUUCACAUGAUACAUUGCGAUAAUUAGGUUCUCGGUUGACAUGGUUAAAUAAGGUUUGAUUAAAAACAUUUGCUUCCCAGGCACCCAUGUUCUGGGUGACUUGCAGUUCAGCGUAUAUUUUAGAUAUUAACAGCUCAUUAAACUGAGCGGAAGCCUGGACCAAGGCACUGUCGCUUAAGGCACACUUCACCUGCGUGUGAAGGAAUUAAACAGCACUACAGAUGCAUUCUCAAAUCUGUCUCCACUUUCACAGAUUUAUCUCCACAUUCUCAAAUUUGUUUCAAUGUUCUCAAAUUUGUCUCCUAUUUCAGAAUACCAAUCCAUGUCAAAACUGAACAUAAUAUUUCAGCACUCUUGCACAAAAGAAGUGGGGUGAGGUGAUUGGUUCAUUGCUCCACCUGUCCACAGGUGAUUGGUUUGUCCAAUCACGUUAAAGAGUGAAAAGAGCCGUGAUUUGCCAGCUGGAGAGGAGAGUGUAAUGUUGUUGUUGAUUCAAUUUUAAUAUGUCUGUCUUUGUGAUAAUCUGUUGUUUGUAACAUUUGACUUCACAGCAGCUGAGUCCUUUUGAUAUGUCAGCUAACCUGUUGCUAUGGCGUAAUAGUGAUGCAUGACAGAGUAGUGGAGCACGGCAUGGUCAAACACGCAUGGACGGUGAAAUUUAAAGAUACAGUAUUCAUUUUUUUCUCCCUUUUGUAUAGAGAAUCCUCUCAGGAGGCCCUGCUUUCAGUGUGUGCUGAAGAAAGGAGUAUGGCACUCCCACCUGAGGUCACAUGACACAAGCAGCAAAACGUAGAUGCCCACACACCCACCCCCACCUCCACCCUCUCCCUCUUCCUCUCCCGGAGCCUGAGAACACUGAUCCAAGAUCAGCUGACUCUGCCCUAAUUCUCAACCAGCCACUUUGUGUGAGAAGGCUGACUGACUCGUGCCCCCGCUGAGUGGCAUUGCAGCCGAUUGGUCGCGCUCAGCCUAUGCCUCUGUCAGCGCUUUUUUAAACGAGGCUCGUUCAGCAGUGUUCGUUCACGCCUCUUCUCCCUUUGUGGCUGAAGCGCAGCGCUUCUCUGCAUGAGGAUGAACGUGGGCACAGCCUGGGAUUCCACCAUUUGUUUUCCUGUGUGUGUCGUAAGGCUCGCUCACCAGGAAGUUUAAAGAAAAACAAGUUGGCAGAGUCUGGACAGAAGGGUUGCUCAACAGCCUGUCUGGCCCUUCCCUGCCCUGAGUCCUUCUACAAUGUGAAGGCACUGUUAUGUGUUGGUUGCAGGCUUGGUUCCAGAUUCCCGACUUUGCGGUACUGUGCCCAACCCUUAAAUUGCCUUAAAGAAACAAACACAUUAAUUGACUUAUUUAUUGACAUAGUAUUUGUGCUGUAAUAUUUUUUUCUGUUUGCGUUUAGCAGAUACCAGACACCAAAAUGCUUCAUGUGAGUUAAUGUGCAAUAGACUGCCUACAGUGUGCCAUAAGUGGCAUAGCACAGAGCAGUAUACAGUAGCUUUCGGGAGUAAAAUAAGCUGUGUCCCAUUUCUCCCCAAUAUAUCCCGCGCUGUCAGAACCGGGGGAGAACCGCACAGUGACUGGGGUGGUACGAAACAUAUCUGAGGUGAAAGUGCAAUAAAGCAGCCAGAGGCGGAGCAUGCAAAUGAGAGGGAAAUUCAUUUAUUUCUGCUCCACAACCACGCGUCCCGAGGCCCUGAUUCCAUAUGGUGAAUCCCUGGAAAAAUUCAAAAAAACCAUUUGAAUAAUAUAAAUUAGUAUUUAUUGUGUUUUUUUUUUUUUUUUUGCUCGCACCGCCUUCCGUUUCUCCGAAACCCGACAGACUAGUUCCCUUUUUUAGAAUGUGUAUGGCGGUGGGCUAGGCAGGCGAGCGAGCGUUUGACGGAGAACGGAGGAGCGAGCGUUUUAGGAAGCUGUGGAAUGACGGCGCGUGUUGGUCACAGUCUGCUGUGAUGAGAGCCAGUAUUAGAGUUUGAGGGGUAGGAGGAGUGAGGAACGGGGCAGUGCGGCGAAAAGACACUGCCUGGAGACGGGUGGAGUCCCUCUUAUUCACUCAAACCUGUUUAACCUGCGCUCAGUGCUGCCCCCAGGAAAGAUGCCGAUAACCAUAAUCUUGAUAACUAUGAGGUUUUCUUGUUUUUACAGUACCAACUCAGUUACAAACUGUCUGGGAAAUGGAAACUCUUGAUCGUCUAUUAAUGAAUUUCUGUCAUAUGACUCAUAUCGUUUUGGGAGGCAUUUAAAAAAUGAAUGGACACCACCCGCGGCUGCACAAUUGUGUUAGUCUGACUGCAAUCUUUGUGUUUCUGUUUCCUAGUUUGUUUGUAACUGGAGUUUGUAUCUCUUCUUAGAUUUCACUCUAUUGCAAUCCAGAUUGCACACGAGUAAAUCAAAAUUUAAUAAUAUGUAGGACUUUAGCACGAAAUGAAUGUGAAAUAUAUUCUUAUUUAUCUGAAGACAUACAUAUAUAUUUAUAUUGGUAUAUAUGUAUAAAUGUGUUGUCUGUGACUGCUACGUCCCUGGUCUGCUGUGUGUUUUGCUGAUGGACUUCAGGAAUGUGUCCAAUCAUUACAUUUUUGUGAUUACGCAUAUGAUUGAUACAGUUGAUAAUUAUUUCCUGUGUCAUGGACUUUUUGGUCUCCUCCGAACAGCUUUGUAAAUUUUUUAAGCAGUUCUUUCUAUCUCUGAAAACAAUGAAAACACAAUUUUCUAUAUCCACAAACAUGACGAGUAUUGCAGGAGAACUGAUUAUAGAAAUUGCCGUUUACUAACAAUGAAGAAACGUUUAGAUAUUUUUCUAAGUUUCUACUGAAAAGAGAAAAAUCUCUUUGCUACUUUUUUCAUUUCCUGUUGUUUCUUUUUACAGUAGCUGACAUCAUAGCCUGAUCUCAAAGCAAUUUGUAUCCCUUGUACAUAUACCUAUGUUUGAUUGUCAGCCAUUUUAUGUGGAAUAUUUCCUUCUAAAUUUUUUUAUUACCAUAUUUAUUUAUAUAUGUAUUUAUUUAUUUAUUUAUUUUGCUAACGAUUGACUGUUCCAAAUACUAAACUCUGUUUACUGAGACUACUCUCUUGAAAUCAAAGGACCCACUUACUGGAAAUGCACUGGAGACGUUGGUCACAAUGUGAUGUAAAAUACUGUUCUAGAAUAAUAUCAAACACACACACAAAAAAACAUAUUCUAGAGAUUUCAUACAGACAUCCCACUUGUGACUUUCUGUCAAAUUUCAUCGAGUGUGAGCUGGCUGCCAGUUGCAUUUGGUGUCAUGUAACCUAUAUGUAAGUAAUUUGUGUUGCAUUUUUAGUGGUCUGAACUCAAAAGGUGUUUCCACUAAAACAGUUUCAACACACUGACUCAAACGGAGCCAGUGGGGUCGAUAAUAACCAUAUUUCAUUCAAGUGAACUGUCUAUAAUUGUGCUGAAAAAUAUUCCCUAACUGUUUGGACUACGCCAUUGCUGUAAAUGAGUGAUUUCUCCCUGCAGUAUUGAUAAUGUGCUUCUAAUGUGUGUAAAUGUACGACACCCCCAUCCCCACUCCCCAACAGUGUCUCAGCAUGGCCUGUUAUAGACAUCAAGCUCGUCGUUUUGUUCGAGGCAGAUGCGGCUCUGCCGUUGUUUUUCGGAGCCGUCUGUGGAAGCAAAAGUCAGAGCGGCUGAAGUGGAGCUACCCUGAAAAAAGGCAAAAACUGGAAACCCCCAAAAACCCCCAAAAAACAUUCCUGCACGUGGCUGUCCGAAGAGCUGUCAAUCAAACAGAGCCAUCCCAAACAACUAUUGACUAUUCACUGGCUUGCCGAGAGUGUGUUGUUAUAAUGCUAACCUAUUCACGUUCACAACAACGGUAGAAAAAUCCAACAAAGCUUGAUACAUAUUUUUCUUCUUUUUUUUAAUUAUGUUAAAAUGUUUAAUAUACGUACAUAUGCAAAAAGCUGUGAACAGGAGAACUUCCUUGUCUUUGUUGUUGGUUUGUUAGUUUGUUGGUAUAUGUGAUCUCUGUAUCCGUGUUUGUGUCUUCUCACCCAAGGUCGGGGACUCCAAUCUGGGGACUUGCUCACUUGUGUAUUUUGUGAAAAAAUGAUCUGUGACCCUUUCUCUCUGCCUGAUAUUUGUAGAAAUAAUUUAAGAAAUCUUACAAUUUAAGAAAAUAAAUAUACAUACAGUACUGUAAUAAAUUAAUAGAAGAGAAUAUUAAAAACGUUUUUAUAUUAAAGGAAAAAAGCAAGAAAAAAAAGAAAUUAAGGAUGAUGACUUGUUUUGGAGAACAUGGCAUGACGUGUAAUGUGUCCUGGAAAAAAACAGACUUGUAAUAACUCCAGUUGACUUUAUUAAAUAUAGUUUAUUUAUUUUGAA